UCUAUGCACCACAGAACUACUCUUCACUAUCACACAUUAGCUUGAUGACUGUCUCAUCUCAUGCAUUCUCUUCAUCUUUUAACAAGUAAUGAUGGACCAGAAUUUCUUGUGUAUCAGCUUGUGUAUCUUGUGUGUGUUUCAAUCAGUUAUGGCAUUCAACAUUGAUCCUGUUACAUGGAGAAGUUUCAAAGGACCUUCUGAGAGCCCAAAUGUUGCCUUUGGCUAUAAGAUAAUACAGAGAGAAUCAUCAAGAGUGAUUGUGAGUGAUCCUCUAAUUCAGAUCAACCAGGAUAGAAGAGGGAACAUUUAUAGCUGUGCUGUCACACAACAAACUUGCUCACCAUUGGACAUAAAUGUGCCAUCUGAAGCUGUCAACAUGUCUCUUGGACUUUCCAUGAUUCAAGAUCAAAGCUCUUCAAAAUUGGCGAUUUGUGGUCCAACCAUUCCAAAGAACUGUCCAGGAGUCACUACCUACAAUGGCAUGUGCUUCAUAAGUGAAAACAAUGUGGUUAAACCACCUAUACCAAGCUCUCUAAGAGAUUGCUCUGGUCAGAUUGAUAUAGCUUUUUUAUUAGAUGGCUCUGGGAGUGUAGGGCUGAACAAUUUUAAUACAAUGAAGGGUUUUGUGGCAAAUAUGAUUAAACGGUUUGCUGGGCGGGAUGCACAGUUUGCCAUUGCACAGUACUCUAGGGAUUGUUCCAUUCACUACAACUUCAAUCAGCUCAUUCAAAAAAGCAUGUGGGAAGCAAAUGUGAUGAAUAUAAUAUACAUGAAUGGGGGUAACACCUUGACUGCAAACGCCAUCAUACAAGUUGUGAAAUAUCUAUUUACACUAGCUGGAGGGGCAAGACCAUCAGCAAAUAAAAUCCUGCUUGUUGUUACUGAUGGACAGUCACAAGAUGGGCAACAACUGGCAGAAGCAGAAUCACUGGCAAUGGAAAAGAACAUCAUACGAUUUGCGAUUGGGGUUGGCAAUGCUUUUGAUUAUACCAGUGCAAAAGAGGAGUUGAAUAAAAUUGCUACUGAUCCAGAUAUUGAUCAUGUGUUCAAGGUGACAGACUUUAAUGCACUGAACAGUAUUCUUCAAAAACUAGAAGAGAACAUUAUUGCCAUUGAAGGAACCCAAACAUCUGGUGAUUCCUCCAGAAUGGAGUUUGCACAGGAUGGAUUCAGCACAGCUUUCACAUCAUAUGGAAGUGUGUUACUGAGUGCUGUGGGAGCUUACCAGUGGAAAGGUGGAUAUGAGGAAUAUGUAUAUGAUUCCUUUCAAUCAGGCAGUGAACAUGACAGUUAUUUAGGUUAUUCAAUGGCUAUUGCAACACUGUCAGACAUCCACUUUGCAAUUCUGGGAGCACCAAGAUACAAGCACCAAGGUCAAGUCAUUGUUUCAGUACUCAGAAGCAGUUUGGAUAAACUGAUGCUGGAUCCCCCUAAGCCUCAGAUUGGGUCAUACUUUGGAGCUGAGGUGUGUGUGGUGGAUUUAAACUCGGACUCCAACACAGACCUCUUGUUGGUUUCAGCACCAACAUAUACAGAGGCUGACCGAGAGGGCAAAGUGUUUAUUUACUUCUAUUCCCGACGGCCGUACUUUACUUUAUCAGAUAUGGUUCUGGUGGGCAUGGCAGGGCAGAGAGGACGAUUUGGCUCUUCUCUGUCCAGUCCAGCAGAUCUGAAUAGAGAUGGUUUCAGGGAUGUGCUGAUUGGAGCUCCCUUAGAGGAAGAUGGACAGGGCAGCAUUUACAUUUUUAAUGGAGGAGUAGAUAGAAUAAAUCCAACAUAUUCACAGAGGAUUGCUGGAUCAUCUGUGCAACCAGGUUUGCGGUUCUUUGGGAUUUCACUAAGUCAGUCCUCUCUAGACCAAAGCGGAGACAGCCUACCUGACAUUGCUGUUGGGUCCAUGGGAGCAGUUCUAAUUUUCAGGUCCAGACCUAUCAUGCUCUUGGAAACAAAAGUAGUUUACAAACCAUCUAAAAUCCCAACCAGUGAAACAAACUGCCCAAAUACAUGGGAAAACACUCUUACAGUGUGCUUCACCAUGAGUGCAUACAAACAUGCCAUACCAGAUUUGACUGCAAAAAUUAAUUACAUCAUAAAGCUGGAUGCCAAGCGACAGAAAUUUCGAGCAUACUUCUCAGCCUAAAACCGUGUCCUCAAUGAUCAGAUGACUGUUGGGAUGAAGGAAGAAUGCAAGGAUCAUCAUUUCUUUAUAGAUGCUUGUUCAGAAGAUGCCCUGAACCCAUUGUCCAAUCAGUUAACUUUCAUAUUUGAAGGACUUCCAUCUACAACAGUGGAAGACUUGAGGCCAGUACUCCUGCCAGAGAUAAAAAACACUACAGAUCACAAUUUGGAUUUUGAGAUAAACUGUGGAACUGAUAACAUCUGUAUGGAUGAAAUCAGAAUGGAUUUCAAUAUUUCUGGAUCUACAAACAUAGAGGUUGGGAUCAUGCAGGAGAUUAAUUUGACAGUGUUUGUGGAGAACAGAGGAGAAAACUCAUACAACACUGACUUCACCCUCAAAUACCCCUAUGGAUUUUCCUACAGAAGAAUUACCUCUAAACAGGGCAGAGUGGAGUGUGUGUCUCUUGAUGGUGAGCCAGGGGUUUUACUGGGAGAGACCAUUUGCCACAUCAGUAGCCCCAUCCUCAAAGCCAAUGCUCAGGUGGUGUUUGAGAUUACGUACAGUAUAAAUAAAGAAAGCAUGUUUGGACAAAAUGUGACAUUUAGUGCUGCGGUCAAAAGUGGGAAUGACAUACACUCUGGAAACAGUGAAUUAUCCAAAGAGAAAACCAUUGGAGUCAAAUAUGCCAUCUAUAUUGCCUUGAUAAGGCAUGACAAUUCCAGCAUCCACAUUAAUUUUACUGCAGGAAAAAAGGAUCUUCAGAGACCAGUGCAACAAAUAUUAAAGGUUGAAAAUGACCUUAGAGAAUUAACUUUCAAAGUUUUCAUCAGAGUGCCAGUGAAACUGGGUGAUAUUGACAUCUGGACAAAUACAAAUUUACAAAUUUUAGGCUGCAAGAAGAAUAUGUUGGAGCAACCUGUAAUCACCAAUUUUAUGGAAGUUAUUAAAAAUCAACGUGUGGUGAACUGCUCUGUUGCAGUGUGUGCAGUGUUCAGUUGUGAUGUUAAUCUCUUAAAAAAUGAAAGGAAACUCUAUUAUAUAUCUGAAAAUGUGAGCUCUGGAUGGAUUGAGCAGACUGGGCUCAGAGCUGCUAUUUUUCAGUUGGUCAGUACAGCAUCUCUGGAUUAUGACAAGAGCAAAUAUGCUUUCUUCUCCACUGAUUCUCAACACACUGCUCCAACUGUCAAGAUUAAUACCCAAGUGGAGGUGUAUGAGGAGGUGGAUCUGACAAAAGAGAUCAUUGGUGGGGUAAUAGGAGGACUGCUGCUACUGGCCCUCAUCACAGUGGUCCUUUAUAAGGCUGGGUUCUUCAAAAGCCAAUACAAGCAGAUGCUGGAAGAUGCAAAUGGGGAUGCAGGAGGGGAGCCAGUGACAGAACAAUAAUGUUUACAUCUAUAGAUUUAUUUCAAAUUUAAGUCAUAAGUUUUAUAAAAAAAAAAAUAAGGUCCUAUAUAAAUUAAAUUCGGUGAACAGUAUGCUAGAAUGCAUCGAUUUUAGAAUGUAACAUGAAAUCUCUUUAACCACUCAAAGUAACAUAAUCAUUGCACAUGAUUAGAAAAUGUAGAAAAUGUUACAAAAACUGUUACAAAACUGAUAAAGAGUGUGAACUGUAACAGAAAUAUUGGACUGCUUAUGCUAGGUUUGCCUACCUCUUUCUCAGCUUUUCAGUUUGUUUUCUUUUUUUUUUUUUUUUUUUUUGAUUUCCAGGUAAAGGGCAUUUUGAGGUCUGGGUGUAUUUUGGGGAGGGAAAAAAAGGUUAUUGGACUGGCCUCAUACUCAGCAUGCUAAACAGCUUCAUUCAAAUAAUUCUGGUGGCCAGGCCAUUGCGAAUAGGGCAAUAGGGUUAAUAAAGAUAGACGCACAGCUAUUUAGUUGGAAUAAUUUGCCAGAUCAACACGUCAUUAACCUAUUCCUAACCAAACUUAUCUCCUACUGUUUAGACUUUAAACAGUGUUUAGCUUUUAUGUGGUUAGUUCCGUUCUGAACAGCCAUGAAUGUGGCAUUCACAAGCUGUAGGGCAUAAUAAUGGAACGAGAGUGAUAUCGGGCACAGAAAAUGUCUGCACAAUGAUCACAUUUAUUUAGUCAAAGUUUAAUUUGUGAUGAACUAUUUUAUAGAGAAUGAACACAUGUAUAAAAAAUAUAAGCAAUUUUAUUGUUGCUAGUUUAAUUAGCUAUCACUAUACAUGUAACCAGGGGUUGUUAAUCAAAAAUUAUCCAUCAUUUAUAAAAAAAAACAAAAUUUAAACUUUGAUGGAUGUUUCCAAAUGCUGUCCAUCAUUUUGAUAGAUAAAAAAAAGAAAACCAUUUAGUGCACCAGUUUUCUUUUUAACCAUGUUUACGUGACUUAACACUCUCUCUUACUCUCUCGCUGUGUGUCUGUGUGCCUUGAACACACAUUAUCAGCUAUUGUAGUAGAAUACCUGUAUUAACUGUGCUUCAGGUGUUCGUGCUUCUCAUCUGUCACUGCAUGUUGAUAUUAGGCACACUGAAAAAGUUCUGUGAAGUAGCCUAUUGUGCAUGUGUAUGCACUUUUAAAAUUGUCCGAUCGGAUGGUUAUUUCCUUUUAAAGACGCACAAAACCCGGCAAAGUUUAAAAAUCUUGUUUUAAUGCAGUGGUUGAUUGACAGAUAGAACUUUCACCCUAGAACUUCUUGGUUUUAUCAGAUUUGCGCUUGAGAAGUAAAAAAAACAAAAACAUCAUACAUAUCCACUGUCAUUUAUAUGCCAUCAUAAUGGAUGCUACACCGCUGGAUGUAGUCCUAGUAUUUAUGAAACAAAAGCAAGAAUGAAGGCUAAAGAUGACAAUGAUGGAAAAUGUCUGCCAAAGUGACAAAUAAAAGAUUUUAUAUCAUUCAUUCAAUAAAGAUCAUUCAUUCCCUAGUUGACCUUUUUUUCCAUCCACAAGAAGUCACUGUGGCCUCCAAGCUUUACUCUGGAGCACUCUGAGCUUGAGUGCUAUGUUUAUUACCAUAUGAUCAAAUAAAUAAAUAAAUGUGUAAUUAGGAAAGAAAUGUAUAAAUACUCAUUUAUGUCAGAUUUAAACAUUUAUUUAAUUAUAUCUAAGUACACUUUUCUCAUUUCUUUUUUAAUAUUGUCACAUUCCAUCCUCCAUACAUUUAGAAGAAUAUUGAUGUAUUCUAAUUUGUUUACUUCAUGAAGAAUUAUUAUCCAUGUCCAUUUUCACUAAAUUAUGUGCUGUGAAUGGCUUAAGCGCUGUAUAUGGUUUGUUUACGUUCCUCUAUUGUCUCUCUAUAUACUGUAAUACUGUACGCUCUGUAUUAUGAGUAAAAGUUUGGUUACAAUCAUUCUGUGUGUUUUGAAAGAUGAUAUCCACGCACACAUUGAAUAAUGUCUCUUUUAAUAUUCUU